AUGGCCGGCUGGUACGACGAUCGAACCACGGACUUCUUCGCCGAACGCCGUGCCGAUUUCCACCUUCAGGAUAUGGACGAAGACCGCAGGCCGCAGUCGCCUCCUCCGCGCGGCCGAUCCUACUCGCGCUCGCCCUCCACCACCCCCGUUCCUGGACGACGAGACCGCUCCCCCAUCCGCGGUAACAGCCGCAGCCGCUCGCCUCCUCGUCGUCGAUCGCGUUCCCCCGCUGGCCGCCGCUACGACCGCGAUGACCGACGCGACCGUGUUCGCUCUCGCUCCCCACCGCCUCCACGCGGCGAGGGUCGCCGCCGCACUCCUCCACCCAAGCCGCGCGGGGCCCCCGUUAACGUAGAGCCCACCACCGUCCUCGGCGUGUUUGGCCUCUCCAUCCGCACCGUCGAGAAGGACCUCGACUACGAGUUCAACGCCAUCGCGCCCGUCGACAAGGUCGUCGUCGUCUACGAUGCGCGCUCGGGUCGAUCGCGUGGUUUCGGCUUCGUCACCAUGCGCGAUGUCGAAGGUGCCCAGGCUGCCAUCGAUGCGCUCAACGGCAAGGACCUGCACGGCCGCCGCAUCCGUGUUGACUUCUCCACCACCCACAGGCCGCACGACCCUACGCCCGGUAUCUACAAGGGUGAGGUGCGACCUGAUGACCGCGCUCGACCGCCUCCUGGCCGUGGACCCGGUGGCGGCGGUGGAGGUCGCGGCGAGAGGUACAACGGCCGCGCCUUCGAUCGUGCCGGCGGAUCGUCGUACCGCGGUGGCGGAGGUGACUCGUACCGACGCAACCCCGCCGACUCGCGCGACGACUGGAGACGACGACCUUCGCCUCCGAGGAGGCCCAGGAGGUCGCCCAGCCCCGACAGGAGGAGGUACUCUCGCUCGCCGAGCCCUCGUCGUGGCGACGGCCGCGACAGGUACGAUGGCGACAGGGAGGAGCGGGUGCCGCCCCCUAGGACACGCCUCGGAAGUCACCUCGACAGCCCGCCUCGUGACGAUGUUGACCGCAUCCGAUACUAG